AUGCUGAAAUUCAUUUGCGUCGUUACGUGUGCGGUGGCAGCAGUUGGGGCUUACCGGGUGUCCCAUCAUCAGCAGCACGAGGAACAGCAGCAUCAUCCAGAGCUGGAGAACCACCAUAAAGUGGAACACCACCAUGAGGAGCAUGUGUACGAAGUGCCGCAUGAUUACUACGCCCAUGCCAAGUAUAAGUACGACUAUGGCGUCCAGGACCCACACACCGGGGACCACAAAACCCACUGGGAGGAACGGGACGGUGAUGUUGUGCGAGGUGCUUACACAAUUUUCGAUUCCGACGGAAGCACCCGGAUCGUAGAGUACACCGCCGAUCCGUUGCAUGGUUUUAAUGCAGUCGUAAAAAAAAUCCAGCACGAGCCACUGUUGCAUCAUGAACCCGAAGUGAAGCAUCAUGCCCACCAUCACCACCUGGAGCAUGAGCAUAAUACUCAUCACGAGCAUACCCAUCAUGAGCAUGCCCAUCACGAACAUGCCCAUCACGAGUAA